UACCGAGUUAUUCGGCGCUGAAAAGGAAGGACUGUAGUUUAGAGGGAAUACAACAAGCGCUGCCAGACAGGGUCACCACCAGCAACAACUACAAAUUUGCUUUCAUCCUAGUUACUUUGCUUUCGAGCAUCGUGACGCAGCACAUCGUUCGGAAAAUGGCGGAUAAAGAGGUGUAUGACGAUGCAGUGGAAGAGAGGGUCAUCAAUGAGGAGUACAAAAUCUGGAAGAAGAACACACCUUUCCUGUACGACCUGGUGAUGACUCACGCACUGGAGUGGCCCAGCCUCACUGUCCAGUGGCUCCCAGACGUCCGCAGGCCAGAGGGGAAGGACUACACUGUCCACAGGCUGGUCUUGGGGACCCACACAUCAGAUGAGCAGAACCACCUUGUGAUUGCCAGCGUCCAGGUACCAAAUGAUGACGCCCAGUUUGAUGCCUCUCACUAUGACAGCGAGAAAGGAGCAGAGUUUGGUGGAUUUGGUUCAGUCAGUGGGAAGAUUGAGAUCGAGAUCAAGAUCAACCACGAGGGAGAGGUGAACCGAGCCCGCUACAUGCCCCAGAAUCCUUUCAUCAUUGCCACCAAGACUCCCACGUGUGACGUCCUGGUCUUUGACUAUACCAAGCACCCACCUAAGCCAGAUCCCAGUGGGGAAUGCAAUCCUGACCUGAGACUGAAGGGUCACCAGAAAGAAGGCUACGGUCUCUCCUGGAAUCCCAACCUCAGUGGCAACCUGCUCAGUGCCUCCGAUGACCAUACCAUCUGUCUAUGGGACAUUGGUACUGGCCCAAAGGAAGGCAAGAGUGUGGACGCCAAGACUAUCUUCACCGGCCACACCGCAGUGGUGGAAGACGUCUCCUGGCAUUUGCUCCAUGAAUCCCUGUUUGGCUCGGUGGCUGACGACCAGAAGCUCAUGAUAUGGGACACUCGGUCCAAUAACCCGUCCAAAGCCAGCCAUGCAGUCGACGCUCACACCGCUGAGGUCAACUGUCUGAGCUUCAACCCCUACAGCGAGUUCAUUCUUGCCACUGGUUCUGCUGAUAAGACUGUUGCAUUGUGGGACCUAAGGAACCUCAAACUGAAGCUCCACUCCUUUGAGUCCCACAAAGAUGAAAUUUUCCAGGUGCAGUGGUCUCCUCACAACGAGACGAUCCUGGCCUCCAGCGGCACCGACCGACGCCUCAACGUCUGGGAUCUCAGUAAAAUUGGGGAAGAGCAGUCGGCAGAAGAUGCAGAGGAUGGUCCACCAGAGCUGCUGUUCAUUCACGGAGGCCACACAGCCAAGAUCUCCGACUUCACCUGGAACCCCAACGACCCCUGGAUCAUCUGCUCAGUGUCCGAGGACAACAUCAUGCAAGUCUGGCAGAUGGCAGAGAACAUCUACAACGAUGAAGAGCCAGACAACACCCCUGCGUCAGAGCUGGAGGCUCAAGGAUCUUAACCCGGCUCUGCACCAAUCUCUCUCCAGACAUGUCCCCGCCCCCCAACCCCUCAGCUCUAAACCUGGCCCCGUCUGUCGCUUCCCCUUCAACCUCACUCAAGUGUAACAUGAAAACAUCUGCUCUCCACUUGAAAGGACAGUGUGGACUCCCUGGUUUCUGUUUCAUCUCGCUCAGAACCAGGCUGAGAUCUGACAUGUUCUGUACCAUGUCCAGUGUCUGCCGGGUCAGUGGUGAAGGGAUUCUGAGCAGGAAACCGUCAUGUACACAAAGUCACUGUCGGUUCCUGUCCAAGAGCUCAUGCCAAGUUAAGUGUCAUUUUAUAUCUAGACAUACGAGUAGCCAGCAAAGUACUAAAAGAGGCUCCCCGAAGAUGUAAAUAUGUAAGAAAACCUGCAAAUAAGUGAGAGUACCUGAUCUGCAUCGUGUUGGCAAUUUCUUUUUCCUUAUUUUUUUUUAAUACCUUAGUUUUCUACCUGUCGGGCAGUGUUGGCCGAUGUGUCACCAUGGUCCUGUGAAGAAACAUUCCCUUUUGUUUGCCUCCCGUUCAUUAGGUACAUUUCAGUACACGGCUCGAGUGAAAGGUGUGGGAGAAAUCAAGUGCGCCUCUUUUCCUCUCCUUUUAUCUUGUCACGUUUUGUGUCCUGCACCAACAAACUACAAUAAAACUUUUCUAACUUUUCCGAA